AUGAAAAUCCUAACUCUGUCGGUGCACUUUAACAAAUCGGCUAAGCUAUGGUAUGUGAUCGACUCUAUGAUCGAUAAUCGAUUCUUUGCUCUUGUGAUGUCAAUCAAUCGUCGAAUGUCUCCAAUUUCAGCUCGGGAUAUCAGCUGCCCAGCCUGCAGUCAGGUGGGAACAUACGAGAACCUCGUGGACCACUUUUGUCGCAGUCAGUUAGUUGUGAAAGCAAAGGUGAACGCCGUGUCACCAACUCACAUUAGCCUUCGAAAUGCUAGAAGCCUGAAAAAGGGUGAUCGGCGGAGAUCAGUAGAGGAUAUGGAUGUGCGAUUGAAUUCCGACUCCUCAGCUUGUCCAUGCAACAUUACAGAUACCUCAGAAAGAAGAUUCUUGGUGAUGGCAUCGAAA